AUGUACAGAAUAGAUGUUUCAGAUUUUUAUGACUUCCAAACAUUCAGAAAUAUGUGUCCAUUUCGAGACUAUAACAAAUCAGUCGAGAAUUUGAAACGUUUAGUCAUUUAUGUCGACUCUGCCCCAGAAUGUUAUGUUAUGAAAGAAUGGGAUGUAGUCUUUAACAAACCAAGAGCAACAAUAGUUUCAGAACAAGAAUGUAAACAGAAACUUAAGAAAAUAAAAGUCGUACAAGUUGGUAUGAAGAUGUUAGAUGCUUGGGAUAUCUUAUUGUCAAAGUUAGAAGAUUUUUCAGUUCGAGGUAUAAAGUUCUAUACACCUUCUCCAAACUUCUAUUCUAUCUUCACUGGAUAUAAAUAUGAACAAGUAGAAUGGAAAGAAAAUAUUAUAGAAGCUUGGUUAGACCAUGUCAAAGAAAUUAUAUGCAAUGGAAACGAAAGAGUCUAUGAGUAUAUCUUAUGUUGGUUUGCAAACAUCUUACAACAUCCAAGUGCUAAAAAUGAAACUGCUCUCAUUAUAAUUGGAAAACAAGGAACAGGUAAGAACACAUUCUUUACAGAUAUCUUAUGCAAACUGUUAGAAGGUUAUUCGAAUCCGAAUAUGACAAACUUAGAAAACAUCUGCGGUAAAUUUAACUCUUCAAUAGAGAAUAUGAAACUUAUAGUAUGUAACGAACUUCAAAGUAUAGAUACAACAAAAGUUUUGAACUCAGAUGCUUUGAAGAGUCUUAUAACAGACAAAGUUGGAGUUGUUGAAAGAAAAUAUAAAGACCAAAGAGUUUGUGAAAAUGUUGCAAAUUUCAUUAUGGUUUCAAACAAUGUUGUUCCGAUGAA